AUGGCCACAGCCAAGAUCAUAUACGGAACCGCCUGGAAAAAAGAGCGCACGACUGCACUCGUCGUCAGCGCUGUUCUCCACGGGUUCAGAGCGAUCGACACAGCCUGCCAGCUAAAACAUUAUCGAGAGGACUUGGUCGGUGCCGCGCUGCAGAAGCUCCAGAGCGAGCACGGCAUCAAGCGCGAGGAUCUAUUCGUCCAGACGAAGUACACCCCGAUUGAUGGUCAGGACCGGUCGCAGCCACUUCCGUACGACCCGCAGACGGACAUCGAGACUCAAAUCACGACCUCCGUUCAAACAUCGCUCUCCAAUCUUCAUACGACAUACCUCGACAGUCUCCUCCUGCACUCGCCGCUCAAGACUCUCGCACAGACCCUCACCGCAUGGCGCACGCUUAUUGGGCUUCAAGACUCGGGCGUCGUGCGCAAGAUCGGCGUGAGCAACACUUACGACGUCGCAGUGCUGGAGGCUCUUGAGCGCGACGGUGGGCGCCGGGCGGACGUCGUGCAGAACCGGUGGUACGAAGGCAACGACUGGGACAACGGCGUCUGGGCGUACUGUCAGAAACAUGGGAUCCAGUACCAAUCGUUUUGGACGCUGUCUGGGUCGCCGAGCCUCCUCAAACAUGCGAGUGUCGGUGCGAUCUGCGCCGCGAAGGGCUGCACACCUGCCCAAGCGGUGUUCCGAAUCGCGCAGCUACACGGCAUCACGCCUCUGUCGGGAACGACGAAUGAGAAGCACAUGGAAGACGACGUCUCGGCGGCGAAAAUCGAUCUCGAUGAUGUCCAGUCGUUGGUGGCAAAUGUCCUUCGGGAUGUACGCCCCAUAAACGUAUAAAAUCGCCUCGUCAUUCGGUGUUGAUGGAUGUAUUG